UCAACCCGUCAAGCCGAGACAUUCGAUUUCGAAAUAGCCCCCCCGUCCCGAAAUCACGCCCAAAAUUCCCAGUUAAAACUGAGAACGACGGAUCGAAGAAGAAUUCGGGAGAUUUGAGCCAAGUGCAUAGUAGACAAACAAUGAAGACCAAGUCCAAGCAGAGUUCGCCAAUGAAAGCGGUUAAGAAAAUGUCAAAAUCUAAAGUCUCGACUACCUGCAAGGCCAUCAAGCCGAAGAAACAGCAGAAAUCUUUGAAGAAUCCGUUGAAGAAACCCUUGCGACGUUCUCCGCUGAUGCGUACCGCCAUGCAGCCCACAAUUUUAGGUUCCGCCAAGGUAAAGCCGCUGGUCAAAUCGCAUGUGACCUUCAAGAAGAGUCAAAAAAAACCGAUGAAUGCAUUGCAAUCCCUGGGAAUGUCCCGCAGGACCAAGCUCAUAGAUGCCAGUCCGCAGAAGAAAUCGGCCGCUACUCCGGUGCUCUUCCUGCUCAAGGACUCAAAGGGCCAGAAAAUAAAGAAGUCUUCGACGGCGGGAAGAAGGAAACAACGAUUGCCCCGCAUGGAUCCCCGGUGGAUGAGUCAAGUGGAGAAGAGGACCGCCACCGAGGGUGUGGACUUCUUCUAUAAUCUGGGCAUGAGAGGCCAGAAGGCGAAGGAUCAACAGGUGCGACAGCAACGUGGUGGUGGAGGAGGAGCAGGAUUCGAGGCCAGAUUGGCAGGCGGAGAAGGAGUAGGUGGAGGUAGAGGAGGAUCUAGAUUGGGUGGUUCGGCUGCUCUGCCAGGAUCAGGGAGACCCGGCCCAUCUGGACUAUCGUCCAUUGUCGGCGGUGUCAUCGCCGCCAAGGAUGUGGUGGUGCCGCUGACCAACCGACUGCCCAUCAUCGACUUCAUCUCCACCAACGAGUUUCAAAAUAUGUAUGCCUCUUCCAUCCGGAAGCCGCAGUCCUGGAGAUUUUUCCAUUGACGAGUGGCGAGUAACGAGUGAAUAUGUAAUAAGUGGAUCAAUAUUUCCUUGACAAAAUGGUUUCGCGACUCCAUAUUUUUAUAUAUUUUCAAGUAUAAAUUAUCCGUGAAUCAAAUGGAGAUGAGACAAAAAUUAUUUAAAACUAACGAGUAACGAGUGCACAUAACUACCAAGAAAGAGGUUUUAAAGUGAUAUGUAUAUUUUCCUUUUAUUGUCGUAAGCAAGGCAAAUUACAGUGAAUCUAAUGGAUUUUGUGAAAAUAUUCAAUAUCUUAACCAAUAACUAAACUUUAACCAACGAUUUCCGAUAUAAAUCUGAUCUUAAUAUGGAAAACCUGCGACAUGGGUAAUGGAUUCAGUAAUCAACGAGUAUGGAAUUUCUGAACAACAACGGAAAAACUUAUCCGCACAAGUUUCAAACGAACGCGAAACAUUUUCAUUUUGGUU